UUUUCAACAAGGAGUGACAGUGUUUAAUGCACAUCCUCAAAUGAUCACUGUGGCUGUCGUGGGGCGAAGAAUGAAGAAUUAGAAGGGCGAAAGGUGGAAGUACUGAGUUCUGAAGCUGUGGUCCUGCAGAGAAAUGAUGGGGGUUUUCAGGAGAGUGAGCAGGGCCGAGGUGGUGACAAAGGAUGGAGGUGACCAAGAAAAGGACGGGAUUGGAAUGUGUUUUGAUGCUCUAUGUGUCAAGAUUUGUUGAUGGUUUCCUCCAACCUCUCCAACGGGUUUCCUUCUCACUUACAGGAAGAGUCCACAGCCUAAGCAUGGCCGAGGAGGCUUUCUGUGCCAUGGCCCCGUCUCUCCUCUCCCCUCCUCUCUGGCCAUGCUGGCCUCCUCACCCUUCUGUGAACAGGUUGGCUGUGAUCCCACCUUUUGUGUUAGAUGUUCCCCCAGAUAUCAGGCAAGCAGGUAUUGACAUGCUUCCCCCACCCCGACCCGGGGUUCUGAUCAAAUGUCACCUCAUCAGAACAUUUUUUCAUGAACAUCCUAGAUAAAUGAGACACUUUCUAUUCCCUGGCUGAUUAAUUUCUCUUUAUAGUACUUACUGACACCUGACAAGUCCAUAUACCAUAGGCAAAUAUAAAACAUGUUACGUAUUUAUUAUUCCCCGAAGGCAGGGAUUUGGUCUGUUUUGUUCACUAUGGAACAAAACUCCCGGAAUGGUGCCUGGCAUAUAGUAAGUGUUUAAUAAAUAUCUGUUAAAUUAAUAUGGUUGAAACAGAGAAUGGGAGAAGCAAAGAACGGCUCCCAGGCUUUGGGGUCUGAAUGAUGGUGCUAUUGAAGAUUUUUCAGAAUGUGGAUUGGGCCUCCUUUGCUAUGAGCCUGAAGCUGGAGUCCUGAACUGCUUCACCUAUUGCAGGCUUGGAGAAGUCCUCAAUCCCUCUGGGCCCAUGGAAGCCUGAGAAAGUCCAGAAUCCUAGAGGGCUGGGCUCCCUUUCUCUUCCCACAGGAAAAGAGGAAGAAACUAGUGACCAGUCAAACUUUCUCUCCGUUCCGGAGACUGAAAGUCCCAUCAGUUGGAUUCCAGCCCCAGCACUGAUGCUGAAGACGCUACUACUCUGGGUUUGGUUUCCAGGCAAACAAUUGGCUGCCCACUUUAAGAGACAAUAUCACUAAGCGCUUUUUUUUUUUAAUGCAAAAAGAAAGAAAUAAAAAAAGAACUACCUAUUUUCCUCAUUCCUGCAGGUGCCCAACCCGAUUGACUUGUUGGAGUACAUUUUCUGCAUUCUUAAUAGAUAGCUAGCAGGAAAUGCUUCGUAUAGGCUCAGCUAGAGGGGUAGAAAGUUAGCGAGGGGAGGGCACAAGAUCGCCAGGCCCUGCUCGGACCAGAGCUGAGCUGCUCUAAAGCAGGCCAGGCAGCGCCGGCCAGCAAAACACACCUUCGCCCGGCCAUAGCGUCUUGCUGUGUCUCCGCCGCCGAUGGUUGAGAAUUAAGCACUCCCCUGAGUCACCAUGGAAGACGUGACGAAGACCACCGUCCUCACACAGAGCCCUAUCAAAACUGAAUGGAAUUCCCGCUGUGUCCUUUUCACCUAUUUCCAAGGGGACAUUAGCAGUGUGGUGGAUGAACACUUCUCCAGAGCUCUGGGCAAUGUCAAGAGCCCCCAGGGACAGAACCCUUCCAGCCCUAGCGGAGAUGUGCUGCUGAGGAAUGACAGUGACAUGCCUCCAAAUCAGUGGCGUUUCUCUGCUCCUUGGACAAAGCCACAGCCGGAAGUAUCUUUUGCAAAUGGCGCCACCAGCUGCAGCUUGAAUGGAUCUGGUCUCAUGCCUAUGGAUCAGUACCCACUGUCCCUGACUGGGGGCCCCUCCAUUCAGCCUGGCGAGCUGUGGCAUUUCUCCUCCCUCGCCAGCCCCAGCUUCCCAGAGCCUGGCUACCCUCAUGCUUUUUCCACUGGGCACUUGGUUCCAGAGCCCCAGCCUGAGGGGAAGUAUGAGCCCCUCCUAAGUCUCCUCCAGCCAGAGAGAUGCCUAACCCAUCCUCAGGAAUCUGCCUCGUGGGAGGAUGGCAACUCUGCCCAGAUGGCCGGAAGCACAGGAUUUCUCUUCAACCUGCCUCCCAGCUCAGCCCACUUUAAGAAAAUCUAUUUCCCCCCUGAUGGUGGACCUGCCGGUGCCAGCUUUGCAGUUGAAAGAAGCCCAUCUCCAGAGAGAAGAAGAGAUCUGUUCUUUUACUGAACAUGGGUUUAAAGAAGAGAAUUCUUUUUCCGAACCUGCUUCUGGGUUUCUACUGUGAAUCCAGAGAGUCUGGAGACAUCACCGUCCUUUUCUCUUGUUGCCACCAAAGAGCACUGGGUUCAAAGCAAGUUUCUAUUCUCCCUGAAAUUCUAUACUUUUUCUUGGCACCUAUGCCCCGCAGCACAUUUAUUUGUUUUUGUUUUUUAAACUUGUUAAGUGAAUCUUGAGCAUAUAAGAUGGUAAAAGAGCUGUUUAGUGGUGGGGAGCAAACCUGUAGAUUGUUUCCCCAAAAUGACAAAUUUCACCCUCUGUGUUCACUGCCCUCCUACUUAGCAAUUGGCCAACUUACCCUCCCUCAGCACGGUUGCCCACAUCAACACUGACCACGUGGUACCCAAUGGGGUUGUCCCACUCUUCCAACUGAAUAGAGAGAUUCCAGAAACAGCCUGAUGCUUUCUAGCCUUAACCAGAUGAUGCCCAGCUUCCCUGUUAAUGGCAUUGGCAAGACCCACAGAGAAUGGCUGGGAGGUAGGAUGGUUCCUGCAUCCUUGAAAUUUGAA